UUUUUUGUUUUUCUAUUCUUCCUCUUGCCUACAACUGUCAUCAACAAAUUAUACCGAACUAAAAAAAGAAGAUUUUUGUCCUAUACAGUGACAGCCUGCAAAGUGAAUCAUCCGAUGUCAUCAGCCGUUUAAAUUCUAUCACUUUAUUAAGCCUGGUCAAAGUUCCAUUCACUAGAAAUCUCUUGAUUCCAUUGUCGUGUCGGUGGUCUCUCUGUUUGUUUUUCUUUUUUUAUGAAAUCGUCGGGCUUAUAAUGAAAUUCCAACGGCAAGUGAGCUGAGAGAAGACAAGCUAACUAUAAACCACAUGUAGAACCGAUACGAUACCAACCCAAUCAUCAAUAGGAAGCAGACACAGAAAAGUGAAACGACUUUUGUAACCAUAAACUACGAAGAAACGAAGACGACCUAGUUAACGAGUCGCUUGUCGAAGAGAAGCAACAGAAGCAGCAAAACUGGACAGAGGGAAUCGAAUAACUCAAUUCUGCUACUGCUGGCAUAAGAGAGAGAAAGUUUCUUUUUCUUUUAACAACGUAACUAAUUUAAAACUUAACUAACCCUUUGCAACGAAAUCCAAGUCACAACAAAACGGUGAAAGUUUUUUUUUUUUGUUGGUUUCAAAAAUCUUGUUUCUCGUCGGACAACUGCUUCUACCUUCUUAAAUCGCGUGCCUUUAUCAGCAAAGAGAGAACUAUUUAAAAAAUGUGGCCAGAGAACGUCGGAAUCCUUGCAAUUGAGGUGAUAUUCCCAUCGCAAUAUGUCGACCAGACUGAGUUGGAGCAAUUUGAUGGAGCCUCAGCUGGGAAAUACACCAUUGGUCUGGGACAGAGCAAGAUGGGUUUCUGCUCGGAUCGAGAGGACGUGAAUUCCCUCUGUCUGACGGUGGUGAGUCGUCUGCUUGAGAAGCACCACAUCAAACCAAGUCAGAUUGGCCGUUUGGAGGUCGGAACUGAGACCAUCAUUGACAAGUCGAAGUCUGUGAAAAGUGUUUUGAUGCAAUUGUUUGCCGACCAAGGAGCCACAGAUAUCGAAGGUAUCGACACAACCAACGCAUGCUAUGGAGGAACUGCAGCCCUCUUUAACUCUGUCAACUGGAUAGAAUCGUCGAGCUGGGAUGGAAGACUCGCCCUAGCCGUGUGUGCAGAUAUUGCUGUGUACGCGAAAGGAGCUGCCCGACCAACAGGAGGAGCGGGAGCUAUUGCCAUGCUCAUUGGACCAAAUGCUCCUCUAGUGUUCGACCGUGGUCUAAGAGCCACUCACAUGGAACACGCCUAUGACUUCUAUAAGCCAGAUCUGAGCUCAGAAUACCCAACAGUUGAUGGUAAACUAUCGAUCCAAUGCUACCUGUCAGCCUUGGACACUUGCUAUCAACUCUAUCGCAAGAAGUUCGAGGCCAAGCAUCCUGACACAGCCAAAGUGGGUCUGGAAAACUUCGACGCAUUGCUCUUCCACACACCCUUCUGCAAACUAGUCCAGAAAUCCGUAGCUAGAGUUGUCUUCAAUGACUACCUCCUGACGCCCGAGGACAAACGCAAAACUCUCUACCCGGGCUUGGAAAAAUUCUCAAACUCAACACUCGCUUCUACCUACUUCGACCGGGAUGUCGAGAAGACUUUCAUGACACAAUUUGCCGAUGUUUUCGAAAAGAAAACCAAAAAAUCUCUACUCCUAGCCAGCCAGGUGGGAAACAUGUACACACCGUCAGUGUACUCCGGUCUAGUCUCGCUGCUGGUCAGUGAAACACCCGAUAGUCUCGUCGGAACACGCAUCGGUCUCUUCUCCUAUGGCUCUGGGCUGGCUGCUUCGAUGUAUUCAAUUUCAGUUACUAAAGAUGCUAGUAUCUUCAAGAAAUUCGUUUCGAAUUUGGACUAUGUCCUGCCUAUGCUGAAUUCUAGAGAGAAAAUCUCUCCUGAGGAAUUCUCUCAAUUGAUGGAAGUGCGUGAGAAGAACAACCAUGCUGCUCCCUAUACCCCAACUGGCAGCACAGCUGUACUCUUCCCUGGAACUUAUUACCUCAAAGAAGUCGACGAAUUGCAUCGAAGGACGUACGAACGAGUACCAACAAUCUCCAACGGCGUUCACUAAAAAAAAGUCUCAAUAAAGAACCGAACCGCCGCGUUUUGUAUCAAUCCACAAAUCACAGAGUUCGUUCUUGGAUUGAAUGGAAUUCAGCUUCGAAUAUCAAAACACAAAAACAAACGUAAUCGCAAUAAUUAAAAAUCUCUGGGUAUUCGUUGCAGAAUCUUCCGUUACGACGACGACGGACGGAUCCUGUGACGUGGGUUAUUUAUUAUAAUAUAAUUAUUAAUUUUAUUAAAAUAGAAAUAUUUUCUUUGUUUAUUUUAAAGAAAAUAAUAAUAUUCUUCUCUAAUUUCUUGACAAUAAUUUAUUUUAAAAUUUAAUUUUUAAAAAAUAAUGCACGGUGCAAAAGUUUAAAUGUUUUUUUUUUUAAUUAAUUAUUUUUCUUCUUUUAAUUGUAUAAAAAAAAUAUUAUAAAAUUUGUUAUAUAUUCGAAUGGGCGGGAAUUUUAAAAACAAACAAAGUUUAAAAAUCAAAUAUUUUUAAAUACCGUUGUAUAUAACAAGUGAAUGAAAAUUUUGAUACCUUAUGUAGUUAGGUAGGGAGCUCUUAAUAGUUAAAAAUAAAAUAAAAACAAAAACAUUUAAAAUUUAAAAAAGUAUAUAUAUAAAAUGGUGGAUAAUGUAUAGAAUACAAAAUCUAGAAUUUAUUAAAA